AUGGCUCCCGUUGAACGCAUCGCCGAAAACCUUGAGAAGCCCGUUGUCUAUGAUCGCUUGUAUUGCGUUAUCCGCCUGCCAAAUGAGUUGGAUGCCUUCUUAGUUCAUGAUCCCAACUCCGAUAAGGCCAGCGCGUCGGUUAACAUUAACGUCGGCAAUUUCUCUGACGAUGAUGACUUGCCAGGAAUCGCUCAUGCCGUAGAGCAUGCCCUUUUUAUGGGAACCAAAAGCACCCAAAAGAGAAUGCCUACAACCAGUACCUCGAAGCUCAUGCUGGCUACUCUUAAUGCAUACGCCGCCAUGACAGAGAUGAAUUGCUACUUUGAAGUAGCUGCCACCUCGACUUCGCCCAAGAGCACACAAUCCACUACUCCUUUGAUGCUUGCGCCUCCCCCCAAAAAUAAGAAAAAUCUACAGACUGAUUCCUGUCGGCUACUACAGUUGAACAAAUCUCUUUCCAAUCCCAAGCAUCUGUAUCAUCAUUUUUCAACUGGAAAUCUGCAAACUCUAAGAGAUGGCCCUCAAUCUCAUGGCGUGGAUCUUGUGGUCCUUGAGCAGGAGUCAUUGGAUGAGCUUGAAAGCUGGGUUGCUGAACUGUUUGCUGAUGUGGAAAAUAAGAACCUCCUCAAGCUGCAAUGGGAUGAUGACCUGGAAAGCAUUCUUGCUUACAUCAGGGCCAAAGAAUGGGCACAUGAACUUUCUGCUGGCUCCAUGGCAGUUUGUUGGGGUUCUGCCUUCUUCACAGUAUCUGUUUGUCUUCCUGAAGACAGCCUGGCAAAUUAUUAUGAAGUGGUGAAAGUCAUAUUCAACCCUGUCCUGAACUCCAUCUGCCGCACAAAAAAUGAGUUUGUUCUUACCCGGCUAGACGUUGAGAAGAAGGACAUCAUUGAGCCUGCCAAGAGGCCUACCAUGAUUAGGAACGACGACAUGGUUAGAGUAUGGUUCAAGAAGGAUGAUACCUUCUGGGUUCCCAAGGGAUUGAUUGAAAUAACCCUUCAAAGCCCAUUCGUAUAUGCAUCGCCAGGAUCCAAUGUUAGCUCUAGACUAUUCUGUGAGCUGGUUCGGGAUUCACUCUCAGAUUAUUCGUACGAUGCCGAAUUGGCUGGUCUUGAUUACAAUCUCUCUACCAGCGUUUUUGGCCUCGAGAUUUCCGUAUCCGGCUAUAACGACAAGAUGGCGGUCCUCUUUGAAAAGGUCCUGCUAAGCAUGAGGGACCUGAAAGUUAAGCCUGAUCGUUUCUGGACUGUCAAAGAGCGAAUGUCCAAAGCGUUCUGGAAUGCGGAGUACCAGUUGCCCUGUUACCAGGUUGGAAACUUCACCCGCUAUCUUACUGCUGAGAAGGCUUGGAGGAAUGAGCAGCUUGCCGCUGAGUUGGAGCACAUUGAAGCAGAUGAUGUUGCUUCUUUCUUCCCUCAGCUGCUUCGCCAGACACAUCUUGAAAUUCUUGGGCAUGAGCGCGCCCACUACCUCAACUCUCAAUGGCAUGUCCAACGCAACAUAAUUAUCCCACCUGGCAGCAAUUACAUAUUUGAGAACAUGCUAAAGGAUCCCGCUAACGUGAACAAUUGUAUCGAAUACUAUCUUUUCGUGGGCAGUAUUGCGGAUCCUCUCCUGCGUGCGAAGUCCCUUCUUUUCAGUCAGCUCACGAGUGAGCCCGCCUUUAACCAGCUCCGAACGCAAGAGCAGCUUGGCUAUGUCGUGUGGAGCAGUGCCCGUUUUGCGGCUACUACGUUGGGCUAUUGUGUCACCAUCCAGAGUGACAAGACGAAUGAGUACCUCGAAUCCCGAAUUGAUGCAUUCUUAUCCCAGUUCGCAGCGGCUCUUGGCUCCAUCAUCAUCAACAAACAGUUGGAGAAGUUGACGAACCUCAAUUCUGAAACGAGCCAUUACUGGUCCCAUAUCGGUUCAGGUUACUUUGACUUUGUCCAGCACGAGAAAGAUGUCGAGACUCUGACGAAGCCUCAGAUGGUAGAGUUUUAUCGCCGAUAUAUCGAUCCCGAGUCCUCGACCCGAUCCAAGCUGUCCAUCCACAUGAACGCGCAGUCAAGUGCUCAUAAAGCCACUCCUGAACAAAAGACUCAGCUCGUCGACAAAUUCAGGAACAUCCUAGCCUCGACUGAAACCCAAUUCGACAGCGACAAGCUCAAGACAUCAUUUGACGACGUAGAGAUUUCCUGCAAGGCCAAGGACGCGAUUGCUUCCCAAAUCAAAACCUUCUUGGAGUCAGAAGUCAAGUCCUCCCCAAGCCAAGUCGACAACAUCGUCGGACCGGUUACUGAUGAAUUGGAUGAUUUACUGCAAACCAUUAGCGGCAAGCCUUCACCCAGCGAUGGAAAGAAAGGUGGCCACCAACAGCGCCAGCAACAACUGCAUCAUCAAAGCUGUUCCAAAGACGCCGACAUAUAUUACCAGCGUUCCUGA